AUGAGUCGGAUGGUAAGGCGGAGGGGCUCCCACCCGAGCGCGAAGUACGUCGAAUCCCUGGUGCUCUUCAGGUACACGAGCAACAACAGCAGCACCUGCUGCAGCGAAGAACGCCUGGGCGAUGAGAAGAAGAGUGACGGGAACUUUCAUUUUGACCAGUACUAUCAGUUUGUUGAUUCACAUGGAACUUUUGAAGGUGACAAUAUGCAGGUCAUGCCGGGCGGCACGAUAGCUUAG